AUGAAUCACGACAAUAUCUUUUCGAUACUUAUUCUCUCCUAUGCGUUCUUUGUAACUCAUGCGCACAACGAUUCUACCAGCGAUCGUCAAGCAAGAGCACUAUUGUAUCCUAGUCUCACGGACUUGCAGAUAACAAUUUGCACAGUAUCAAAUAUAUUCAGCCACCAGUUCGGCCGCGGUGCCUCUAAUUUGGGAUUCCAGUUUAACUACAGAUUGCCGUGGCGUUUGGAAAAUUUCUACCGGCCAAUGUACUGGGCCCGAACAGCCAGUGAUAUAUUAAUGAACAGGAUUUCCGAUGCAUCUGAAUCGGAGCAACUCGGCAGAUACAACUACGACGCCACGGGAAUCACCGCUGGGCAAUUGUACAAAGCUUUGAAACAGUUCUUGUUGGCGAUGGAUUUCCACCCGGACUGCUUGGCGAAAAGCAUUUGUGAAUUAGCACACACGCCAUUCGAUUCCGAAGAAGAACACCUUCUCCAAGAAGUAAUUCAUUUUCUUCUAACACCUUCUGAACAUCAAUCGUUUCACCGAAACGAACGAACAAUGCGAAAACGCUAUCAGGCAGCAGAAAAAGCUGGUCGAAAUCGAAUGGACUGUGAUCGAAUCUAUCCCAAAUGUCCUGAAUCAGCUCUCAGCUUAUUUUCUGCCAUUGUACAAUCCUAA